AUGUAUUUUUUAGCAUCAUCGCAGAACCUACAGAUUCAGGUUGUACCACAGACAGUAGACAUUGAAGAGGUUGACCUGACUAUAGUCUGCUCCUUAAACAAUCCAUCAAAGGUCAAGACAUUGUAUUUUAUACAACUGCAGAGGAACUUCCAUCUUUUUCGAAAAUGUGGUUUAUAUUACUCUGAAUUCAAACAAUUUUCAAGAAGAGAUAACGUAUCGAGACUUAACUUUACAACAGCAACAGAAUCUCUUAAACCACCUUCUGCAGCGGAACUCAGAUUACCUUUUACAAAAGAAAACGUGAGAUGUCCAGAUGAUUUUAAAGAAUACAGGUGUAAAAUGAGUGGCUUAGAUAGUACUUCAGAUAUGAUCCCUGAACAAGAAUCAGAUCCAGUAAAGAUUGAUUAUAGAGUUCAGCCAAAUAUAAUCGAGAUACCCAGGGUGAGGAUACUUGGAGAACAAUUUGACACAAAUGAAAGACAGUUUGAAGUGGGAACAGCUUUACAACUAACUUGUACAGGAAAGAUAGGCCGUGAUCCUAGUGCAGUAUGUGUUAAACAUUUUAAACGCUAA